CGGAUUACAGACAUACCUAGGCCGUGUUAAUCAUGACCGCAUCGUCUACCAACAUCCCUCGAUCGAGCAGUUGACUUGCCGGAUACGCAGCAGUAAGGAUGUUUACCAGACGGUUAUUCCACGCAAGAGAGUUGCGCAACUUCUCUAGGACUGUCUCAACAUUAGCUUCGAAUCCUAGCAUAAAAGUCUUCCCAAACCCUCAACAACCCAAUAGCUAUCUGCUGUCCUAUCUCGACACCACACCCCCAAACCCCUCCCUUGCCAUCGGCACGACCACCGCCGUACCGCCGACGCCUAACUCCUUCCAAAGCAAUCCGCGCUUCAUUUCCAUCCUCAACGAUGUCCUCGCUAAGCACGCCGCCGACGACCCAGGGCUGAAGAGUCAAGCGCGAGCGUUUGCGUCUCCUGGUGGCUUCACCUUCAUACAGGCGAGAAAUCAGCGGGGUACGGGCACCGGGGCGGGUGGUGCCAGUGCCGAAGGUGGUGCGGGAGGUGCCGGGGUGGGCGGCUGGGUGCACCUGAGUGAUUCGAGGAAUCCGCCUGACUUUGGGAGAAUCGCUUGGCCCGAGGAUAUUUUUGGCAGCGUGGAGGUUAACGGCAAAGGGGAAAUCAUUGGCAAUUACCAGGCCAGUGGCACGUACCGGAUUGUGACGAACCAGGGAAUUCUUGGCCUGAGUCCGUUCUUGCAAGAGAAGCUGAUAGCCAGGCUUCGGGAGGAAGAAAGUAAAUCAUGAUAAAUUGGGGUUGUUCAGUUGUAAGAUAUGCUGACGAUAUGAUAAUGUACAUACGAUUCCUAAUUGCCGGCUGCCAACGCCGCCGGAAGUCAGUAUGAAGAAGCAAGGUAACAUUCCAGCCCGCUAGACCUUUACCAUUAGGCUCUACAAUAGAGGCUCGAACAACCUCCCUUGCGGC